AGACCAUCGUAACCGGAAAUAAUCCCGCAUCGGGGGGGAAAACCGCCUGUUCUGUUUAUUAAUCGAGUAAUUUUGUAGUAUUGUCCAUAUUAAUAUGUCUGGGACUGCCGCAGUUGCGGGUGAUGUGUUUGUUGAUGCUUUACCUUAUUUUGACCAAGGUUACGAUGCCGCUGGUGUCAGGGAAGCUGCUGCAGCAUUAGUGGAGGAGGAGACAAGAAGAUACAGACCGACCAAGAAUUACCUGAGCUACCUGCCUACUCCUGACUUUGCUGCUUUUGAGACUGAAAUUAUGAAGAAUGAAUUUGAUCGCCUAGCCGCACGACAACCUAUGGACCUCCUGAGCAUGAAGAGGUAUGAGCUGCCAGCACCCUCUGCAGGUCAAAAGAAUGACAUUACAGCUUGGCAGGAUUGUGUGAACAACUCCAUGGCCCAGCUAGAGCACCAAGCGGUUCGCAUUGAGAACCUGGAGCUGAUGUCGCAGUAUGGAACCAAUGCAUGGAAAGUCUAUAACGAUACACUGGCCUUCAUGAUCGAGAUGGCACAAAAGGAACUUCAGAAAUUCAGGAAACAAAUUCAAGAUCUAAAUUGGCAGCGUAAAAAUGACCAGUUAGCAGGAGGAGCGAAACUUCGUGAGCUUGAAUCAAACUGGGUGUCGCUGGUCAGCAAGAACUACGAGAUUGAGCGGGCAAUUGUGCAUCUAGAAAAUGAAAUGAGUCAACUCAGACAGCAGCAGGGAGAUGAGAACAAGGAGAACAUUAGGCAGGAUUUUUGACUUCCUUCCACAAUGGCCUACGAACUAAUUCCUUCGUCAUACACAUCCCAUAUAUUUUUUUUUACAAUGACAAGAGAAAGUCAAACUCGAGGAAAGCCUAUUUUUGAAAAGGCGAGUCUUUGAGAACAGAUGAAGGAGGGUAGUUAACGAUAUGGGAUGUUUCCCCAUGUCUGGCUAUGAAAAGAUCUGAAUCAUGACUGGAACAUUGUUUCUUGUCAUAUUGCCUUUUAUUAGCAGCUCUAUUCAUCAGCUUCUUUCUUCUAAUAAAGUUAAUGUUUAUUUCCUAA